AUGUUGUCAGCAGGUUCGCCUAAGAAAUCAUCCAAGAAGUUACCUAGACCAGUGCCUUCGACUCCAUUUCGUGUUCUCGACGCACCUCUUCUCAGAGAUGAUUUCUACUGCUCUACGUUAGCAUAUUGCUAUACCGCUCGAGUCCUAGCAGUUGGGCUUGGCCACAAGGUUUACAUAUGGUCUGAAGGAACUCAUGUACAGCAUCCUCCAUUUAAGGACUACCCUGUUUCAAACCAUGUGACGUCCUUGUCCUUUUCAUCCCAGUUAGGUGGACAUAGCAUACUGGCGGUUGGACGACAUGGCGGUCAAGUUACACUAUGGAGCACCUUUGAUUCGGAACCACGAUUUGAGAUCGAGAUCCCCAACGCUGUGUCUAAUGUCUGCUUUAAGGGUCGUACCACUCGCAGGCCCUCAAGCCGGCUCGGUUCAUCGUCUGCGGACGUGGAAGAACUCGCUAUUGGUGACGAACGAGGGCAAAUUUGGUAUUAUUCUGUGGAGUGGACAAGCACUAAAUGGCGGCAACGCUAUAAGUGGAAUGGUGCGAUGGUUCUCCUUGCGAAGAUCAAAGCACACACGCAGCAGAUUUGUGGGAUGGCAUGGUCUCCUGAUGGGAGAUACUUGGCCACAGGCGGAAACGAUAAUUUUUGUUUACUCUUUGACACUAUUGAACUUAUUAGGAAAAUAGAACAAAAUCAGUCAGUUUCCGCUGAAAGGGCUGGUAACCCUGGGGCAGGCUGUGCGUUCUCGGAUAAAUUAUAUCUACUUCAGUCUUACCUGCAAUGUGGAAACUCCCGAGGAACGAAUUCUAUCAACAGUGCCAUCUUGGACGCAGGCUCUCCUGAAUCGAGACGCACGGUCGAAGGUUCUCCUCCAAAGAAGGCGAUCCCUAUACCUAUAGAUUCACAUAAGCACAAGUUCUUGCAUGCUGCUGCUGUCAAGGCCAUCGCCUUUUCUCCAUGGCAACCAACUCUCCUAGCAACAGGUGGCGGUACAAAUGAUAGGUGCAUUCGAUUCUACCACGCCACUUCGGGCGCAUGCUUGGCUAUCAUCAACGUCUACGCGCAAGUUACCAGCUUGAUAUGGAGCAAGACAAGGCGCGAGAUAGCUGCUACCUUUGGAUACGCGUCACCCGAACACCCUUACCGUAUAGCCGUCUUCGCGUGGCCAAGUUGCCAACAGGUAGUAGCUAUACCGUGGUCAAUAGCCACGGGUCACGAAAGAUACGGUAGUGGGGUACCAGGCGAUUGUGGCCGCGCACUCUGGGCAAUAAGUUAUCCCGGUGGUCCAAACGAGAUGGCCCAUCAACUCGCCGAACCCCCAACCACCCGCAGACACCCUGGCCAUGGUCUUAAUAGAAGCGAUGUCGGCUCAGAGGAUUCCCAGACUGCGCAGUCCAACAGGGAGGGGGAUACAUGGUGGUCGCGCACUGCAGAGGAAGGGUGCAUAAUCGUAGCCUCUAGCGAUGAGUCCGUGAAGUUCCAUGAGGUUUGGAGCGGGACUCCUAAGAGCAUUGCUGGUACGAGUGGUCUAUUGGGCGGAAGUGCUAUUUUAGAGGGCUUGGAAGGAAUUGAGAAGGAGACGGAGGUUAUUAGAUAG